AUCUGCACUGACAGCCUGAAGCCCAACACAGAGCUCCAUCUGACCAACUAGGAGAUCGUGACCUGAGCUGAAAUCAAUAGUUAAAAGCUUAACGGACUGAGCCACCCAGAAGUCCCAAGAUGCAGUUACUUUCGACUCUUUUGAUCAAAGAGGGUGUAGCCUGGGAAACAUUUUCAAGAUCUACAAUUCCAUCUGACUAGUAGCACCCAGAAUGGUUUCGGUGGCUUGAGAAAACAGAAAAGAAGAUCUUGUGGAACAGCCCAGAGAAAUAAAAUAAACCUGCCCAUAAAACAGAGGGGUUAUAGGACAGCACCACCUCCAGGACUAAUUUACCUACACCCCCUUUUCCGCAGCAUUCUCAUUGUAAAGGGAGAAACGGGGAAGGACAGGAAGAAGAACCAUGCCAUCUGAAACCAACAGAGAGAAGCUCUGUAAGAAAACCCUGAGGUGUUUGCGACUGGAAUAUUCAUCCUCCAACUCACAUACGUCUCCUGAGAGCCAGCCAUGCACGCGAUGAGGUGUCAUCCAAAGAAAAACAAAGACACGCCAAAAAAAACCUUUCUCUGACUUAGGAUGAGCAGCUGAUAAUUAAACGCUAGUGCAAACCACAAUAUUAAAAUGUCUGACGAUGCCGGUGACACCUCAGCCACUGGAGACAAAGCAGAAAUUACCAAGAUGCCCAAUAGCAAGUUUUUACCCAAAGAGACAGAAGCACACUGUGAUUCAGCUACGAUUCCAAAUGAGCCAACACCAGCUGACGCCACAGGAGAUGGGCAUGAAAAUGCAACCAUUCAGUGCGCAGAGACUGCAAGCACUCAGCACCCUGAGCCCCAACACCCCAGUGCCACGCAGCAUCCCCCCAAUGGAGAAGUGACUGAGGAUGCGCUUGCUGAAUGCAUUGACUCCGUCAGCCUCGAGGCAGAACCUGGAUCUGAAAUACCCCUGAAAGAGCAGAGUAAUCCGGCUGUGGAUUCCCCAUCACAUGGAGGGGGAUGGGCAGGCUGGGGCUCCUGGGGCAAAUCUCUGCUCUCAUCAGCAUCUGCCACAGUAGGUCAUGGAUUGACAGCAGUCAAGGAAAAAGCAGGAGCCACACUACGGAUUCAUGGUGUAAACUCCAGCUCUUCUGAAGGGGCCCAACCUGAUACCGAAAGUGGAGUCCCUCAAACAGAUGUGGCCACAGAUCAGAGUCCCACAGAAAGCCCACCCACUUCUCCCUCAUCCGGGUCUCGGGGCAUGCUGUCCGCCAUCACCAAUGUGGUUCAAAACACAGGUAAAAGCGUCUUAACGGGCGGUCUGGAUGCUCUGGAAUUCAUCGGUAAGAAAACCAUGAAUGUCCUUGCGGAGAGUGACCCAGGCUUUAAGCGGACCAAGACACUCAUGGAGAGAACCGUUUCCUUAUCUCAGAUGUUAAGAGAAGCCAAGGAGAAAGAGAAGCAGAGGUUGGCCCAGCAGCUCACGGCCGAGAGGACCGCACACUACGGGAUGCUGUUUGAUGAGUAUCAAGGUUUGUCACACCUGGAAGCCCUGGAAAUUCUGUCCAAUGAAAGUGAAAGCAAGGUUCAGUCAUUUUUAACAUCGCUUGAUGGAGAGAAGCUGGAACUCUUAAAAAACGACCUAAUUUCCAUUAAAGACAUCUUUGCAGCCAAAGAAUUGGAGAAUGAAGAGAAUCAAGAAGAACAAGCCUUAGAAGAAAAGGGAGAAGAAUUUGCUAGCAUGCUUACAGAGCUUCUCUUUGAAUUACAUGUUGCAGCCACGCCUGACAAACUCAAUAAGGCCAUGAAGAAGGCUCAUGACUGGGUGGGAAAAGAUCAAGCUACCAUAUCAGUAGAUAUGGCAGAAGAGGCAGAGGAGAACACCAAAAAGGAAGAAAAGGAAGAGAAACCAGAAAAUCCCGAAGAAGACAAAAAGGAAGAGAGAAGAACUAAGACAGUUGAGGAAGUAUACAUGCUGUCCAUCGAAAGUCUGGCAGAAGUAACAGCACGUUGCAUUGAGCAGCUGCAUAAAGUAGCAGAGUUAGUUCUUCAUGGGCAGGAAGAGGAAAAACCAGCUCAGGACCAAGCAAGAGUUCUGAUAAAAUUAACUACUGCAAUGUGUAAAGAAGUGGACUCCUUAUCAAAGAAGUUUACGAAUUCUUUAACCACUGUUGGGAGCAACAAGAAGGCUGAGGUUCUUAACCCCAUGAUCAAUAGUGUAUUGCUAGAGGGCUGCAAUAGCACGACAUACAUCCAGGAUGCCUUCCAGCUGCUCCUGCCUGUGCUGCAGGUCUCACACAUCCAGACCAGUUGUUCAAAAGCACAGCCGUGACCUGGCCAGACUCCCAUCUAGUGAAAGAAAAGGCAGGCCACAUUGCUGUGUUAUAUAUCAGCGAAGGGGAUGUUCUCUGCACAUCUGGCCACAGACGCCCCUUUGAGGACUCUACAAGCAAUUUUGCACGGACAGUAUGGAGAACGCAAGUUGAGAGAGAAUAUCAUUUCUCUUAAUGUAUAUGGUUGUUUUUACAAAUAAGUGUAUUUCCUUUAUGUUAAUUUAAGUUUACAAGGCUUUAUAUUGAUAAUUUCCUUUAAUUUGAAGUUCAUUCACCAAUAUUCAUUUCCAUUUUCCUGGUCAAGCAUGCUAUAUUUAGAAAUUCAUGGGUAGAUCCUAUACUUUUUAUUUAAUCCUUUAAAUUCCCACCUUUAAAUGUCCCAUUCUUAUGGUAUUACUUUAAAUCAAAUCUUAUACUGAACUUAGUUUUGUCACAUAAAUAUGGCAAAGAUAACACUACUUACAGAUAUUACCUAUUAUAGUAAAAGAGAAACAUAAGUAUCUCUUUAUAGUAAUUCAUUCUGAAAACAAGCUUUCAUUGAACUCCUACUGCGUGCUCACAAUAGAAGAACAUGAUCUGAACCCAGGAAAAGAGUAGUUAGGUACUCUAAGUAAUCUUUAUGCCCAAUGCGGGACUCAGACUCACAACCCCGAGAUCAGGUUGCAAGCUCCAUCAACUGAGCCAGCCAGGUGCCCCUAGACAGAUGCUCUAAAAGAGGAUUAAUAAUAAUUCUUAAAAUGCUUAAAAAUACUAAUGAAUUUUCCAAACCUUAAGAGGUUUGAUGAGCAAGGUAAAACUAGUGUUUUUGUUCUUUUUAAUGUUCUGCUCUUCGAUGUAUUCUUGUAUUUUUCCAUACUCCUUGGACUUUUUGAUCCCAAACUUUAUAUAUGGCGUGAAAAUAUGUAUGAAAGGGGGGUACUAAAAGAGUAUUCAGUUUAAACUAGACUUUUUGUGACCAUAAGUACAUGAUAGCAUAAUUACAAAGCCUGGAAAUAUCCGAAUAGAAAAUUAAAGGGAUUUGAACACAACACACCCCCAGACUGCAUCUUUAACUCCGAGUCAAGCUAUUGUAUAAAUACACACAUCACACUCCCCAGUGGUAAAUACCAUCAUCGCUUCUAAAGGGCAGAAAAUACGGAUGUGUGGCUUGACUAAGUGGUAGAUUGAUCCAUGACAGAUUUCACUGAAGACCCUGUGGCCAGGAGAGGCAUUGUCUGUGAACACUUCUCCUGAGCUCCAUACACUCAUUCUGGUGGGGGUUCAUCCGAGCUCCGUCAGCAUCCCGACGGGCAUUGUCACAAGAUGUCUUACUCCCUGGUUCUCUCUAAGGCAAAUGAACUUUGUACUUUUAUAGGGGUGAAAAUCCUUUGUUCACAUAUGCUUUUCCUCCCCUGAUAGAGUAGCCUGCCUAUGUUCCAUACAGGCAAAGUAGGAAUAUUUUAAUAUUAUCCUAUGUCUUAUUAGCAUUUUACUUGUGUCCUACAUUUCAUUUUGUGUAUCUCCUGAAACAACCAAAUAGAAAACAUGAGAAUAAUUAUUUACAAUCUGGAAAAGAACUCUCUGAGGAAUCAAUUAAAGAUGCUUUUUUUUCUAUUGUUUUUUGAUUGCCUGAAAUGUUUCUGAUAUUAAGUCUAGAGAAAAAUUAACUGCCAAAAAUGCAAUUACCUCUUCAUAAAUUUUGUAGGUAUUGUGUACAGAGCAGAGGAAAGGACUUAGAUUUACGAUUUCUCCACAACAGAUUUUUUAGCAUCAGAUGGAUUUAUAGAUGUUAACUGGAAAUGUAAUAGAAACAAGUAGUUUCAAAGGAACCAGAUUCCCAGAAACAGGCUUUAAGCCCAACUUCACCCAUAUAGUUUAUAGAAAAAUUUUUAAUCACAAAAUGAAAUAGAAAUCUGUAAAAGAAUAAAAGAAACAAUUGUUCUUUAAAAAGUGGUUGACAUUAUUUACAUUGCAUUUGCAUAUCUUUUAAUGAUAAAAUAUCAAAGGUUGCCAGGUAGAAACAUAGGCUGACAGAUGAUUCCUGGGGCCUAGCUCAAUGGUCUGUGAAUUACAUUAUUUAACAGAGAAUAAUCACUUAAAAUAUAUCCACCCUCCAGGAUUGCUCUCUUUCAAUACUGUUUUUCAUCAUCACUUUUAAAUAAUUGCUUCUUCGCUUUGCUUUAAAACCUAGCAAAGCACAGGAUCCAAAUCUGGGCAAAUGUCAAUCAGUUACUGAAUGAAUGAUUUAGCAGGCUUACUUUGGAAGUUUUGUAUUCCUUCAAUAAUCCUUUACAUAAAUUGGGUUCGUUUCACUCUUUGCAAUUACCCUGAACAAGUGUGCCAGUUUUUUUUCUUACAUCAAGUGCAAACUAAGUUCCAGUCUAAAUAAUGAAUGUAGUCCUAUGCCUGUGCCUUAUUAAAUAAAAAACAUCAAAAGUGUAUUUCCAAUUCAAAGCAAAAUGCAUCCAAGAAAAAUUGCUUUGGGGUAUUGAUACAUACAGCUCUAAAGGGUAAAAAUUGAGCCCCAAAUCUUAAAGCAGAGGCGUAAGCUUGAAUAUUCUAUCCCACUGAGGACAGAAUUCUGUCUUUUCUCUGGGUCUCACACUGGGCUGCACGUCACACUCAUGAUUAAAUGCGUAGUGUGACAAGCUGAGGCGGUGGCAGGAGUCAGCUGGGGUAUGCAGCAGCCUCAGCGACACCAACUAAGGAACCAUGGACCUCAGCAGCAGAGCUCAGAGGGGAUGAAGAAGCACCAGCCUGGGGUGGGUUAAAGGAAGCUGCUAAAUGUAGAAGUCUGAACCCAGAAAUGAGAGCAUUUCCUGUGCUUUGUAGAAGUCAGCUGACCCACCAGGAGCUCUCCUAUCUGGAAAGUCACCUUCUGCACAGGCCAGCCAUGCUGCUCUUUUUAGAAACAAGAGCAGGCAGAUUUCAAUCAAAGCCAUCGCAGAGGUCUAGGAAUAACAUCUUAGGGAAGUAAUUUAGCAAAAAUGCAAAAAAAAAAAAAAAACCUAUUUCUCUUCUUUCGUAAAAAAAAAUAGAGAGGGAGAGAUGAUAGAUAGAUAGAUAGAUAGAUAGAUAGAUAGAUAGAUAGAUAGAUAUAGGUAGGUAGGUAGGUAGGUAGGUAGGCAGAUAGAGUGUAUGCUGAACAGAUGGGGUGGAUCAUAAUACAUGAUUUCAAUCCAUGUUUAAUUUUGUAAGUGAAAUUAUUCUUCAGCAUCAAGGUAAUUUUUGUAAUGUAAAAUUUGCUCUUUGAUCUUCCUCUUAAGGAUGCUCUACAUUCUGGGGGCACCUGGGGGGCUCAGUCAGGUGAGCAUCUGACCUCUGCUCAGGUCAUGAUCUCACCAUUCCUGAGUUCGAUCCCUGCAUCAGGCUCUGUGCUGACGGCUCAUAGCCCAGAGCCUGCUUUAGGUUCUGUGUCUCCCUCUCUCUCUGCUCCUCCCCCACUCAUGCUCUGUCUCUCUCUCUCUCUCUCUCCUUCAAAAAUAAACAUCAAAAAAAACUUUUUUAAUGAAAGAUUUUUUUUUAAUUUAAAAAGGAUGUCCUGAAUUAUGAUACUCAGAUCCAGGCUCAACUUGGUUUCUUAAAUGAUUGUGUUUGUGAAGGCACAUCAGAAGAGAUCACACUGAAAACCCAUCUUAAAACUGCAAUUUUGCCUUCACAGCCACCCUUCACAUAAAAGAAAAAAUCAUGUGGUUCACCAUGUGUUUUGUUUUUCUAGAUAUCUCAUAAUUUAUUCAGGUUUAUGUUCAUUUUCUGUAUGUUCACCCAUAAUAGAUAUUCCUCUACAAUAUCCACUAUUAAACAAAUCUGAGGAGAGGCAUCAUUCUUUUCAUCUUUUUUUUGCUUAGAUCUGAAAAUAAUCUGAGUUAUCCUGUCCUUUGAGCAUCUUACCUUUAGUAACUAUUAAAUUAUUACAAUCCAAUGGUAAGAGUUGGUGUAUUUGCUAUUUCUGGCAUCUAGGGUCAUCAUCGACUGGGAAUAGAAGAUGAAUAUAGUUAGAAUUUUGUGUUGGGAUUUAAGCUACAUUUGCCUUUGUAUGGAUCAGAGAAUAUUUUCCUCUGCAUGAGUUGUCAGCCAAAAAGCAAUGGGAUUAUGUCUGCCUUUGGUCACUGCUGACUCACUUGACAGGCCUGUCUCUUCUAUUAGUCUCAAAGGAAUUCUAUACUGCAGAAGAAUAAUAUGUACAAUUUUUAUAUGCCUGCAAUGAGUACAGAAUUUAGGGUGAUUCAGAGAUGAUCCAUCUCCCUGCCCUGGGUUUCACCGCUGGGCUUCUAGAACUGCCAUUUGGAGGAAAAAGCCAGCGUAGAAGCCAAGGCCAGAUGGAUGGAACCUUGGCAAAAAGCAAAGCUAAGCCUCUGCCUUUGAGUCCCUGCCAUCUUUCUCCUUUUUCUCUCUCAGGAUUUUUUUUUUUGACAGUUAGUAAAUGCCUCUCUUCCAGGAUCAGCUUUUACAGUCCUAUCUCUUCUAUAUCUCUUCUUCCCUUUCCCUUUCUCUAUGUUUAUGCUAUCCUUUUCCCAAUUACCUCAUCAGAAAACAAUCCAUCCAAAAGAUUGCAAUAGUAAUAAAUAAUAUGUAUUUACUAUCUGCAGGACACUGUGCCGAGUAUUUUAUAAGCAUUAUCCCAUUUAAUCUCCAUAAUUCCAGUAUUGGGUAGAUAUUAUUACAAUCUCCACUGCCCAAAUGAGAAGAACACUGAACCUCAGAGACAUUAUAUAAUUCAUCCAACAUUACACAACUAGUAAAACAGAGCCAGGAUUCAAACCCAGGGCAGUUUGACCAGACUAGCUAGCACCUGAAAGUAUUAUGCACAGCCUCCAAACAAAAGAAACAUAAUCUGUUAUUUUUAGAGACAUCUGAACACUUACAUGUUUAGCUCUCUUUACACCAUGAGGUGGAUUUGUAGCUGAAAGGUUUGGUUGUCAGCUUUGGUUGUUUCCAUGCAACUGAGGACAAACUGAGACUAAAGAGACACAGAAUGAAGCCACACAAGGUCACCCCUGGAUUAUUCUCACCCCAGGCUAGCCACAUCACUGGCUUCACAGACAUUUACAACAAGCAGCUUCCUGGCCAUCAACACAGCAUCCUGUCUCACAGGUGCUAAAAUGGCUCCAUUUCCUCCUCCCCCCCACCCCCCUUUCCCUGGUGCCAGGGAAACCUGUAAAUCACCACCCUUCCCUUCCUGAAAAUCCUUAACCCUCUACUACCUGCCUGGAGCAUUGGGACUUUUUUUGUUUUCCUUGCCUUGAAGAUUAUCGACUCAUCUAGGCAGCUGUUUAGCUGAUUCUUUAGUACCAGGUGCUGUGAGAUACUAAUAAAUGUUUUAAAGAUGUACUAAAUAACGCCUUCUUUUCUCUAAGCUUGGUGUUGUUCUCUACAAAGCCCAAGAAAUGAUGGUGGUGAUGGCAGUAGUGGUGGCAUUCUUAUUUAUUGAGUGCUUACUAUGUUCCAGACACUUUACCUCUGUGAUCUCAUUUAAUCCCCAAUGUCAGUCUUAUGAGAUAGCUACUAUUAUUGUACCCAUUUUGCAGAUGAAAAAGAAAGCUCAAAGGGACUAAAUAAUUUCUACGUUAUCCAACUAGUAAUUGGAAGAGCCAAGGUUUAUGUCCGGGCACUAUAUAAAAUGCUAGACAGAGCCCAUGGACAAGCAGAUAUCUGGUCAUAAAAAGGACUCUCCCUUGGGUUGAGUUCUCUUCAGCCAACAUCUGGGCUCUUUUCUUCCCAUCCUGUGGCUCCAGGCAGAGAUAAAUUGUUCCACAAAUCUCCCAGUCAGAGGCCUGACCACAUUUUUUUCCUGCCAAUGCCUCUGAUUCCAAGAGAAGGUGGGCAACCUAUAUACAUCCCAUUCUCUCUCAUGUGAUAAACCUCAUAUUGAGUGAUCCAUUUCUCACUGAAACCAAUGAUUGCCUUUUUUGACACUUGUGUAGAAAAGCUCUGGUUUGCUAUCUCUGCAAAAAAAAAAAAAAAAAAGAAUCCAUAACUAGGAAAUGUGAUAAAGGACAAGAAACCAAAUGAUGAACAACAGGGCAGAAAGACUGGCCAAGCCAUUUAUGUCAGAAAGAAGUAUUUGGUCCUAGAGGGCAUCUUCUGUCAGGGAUGUAUAGGAUACUUUCAUUCCAGAAAGCCUCACAGCUCCCUCCCUCACUUGUUCCACAUCUUUAUUUAAAGUCCACCUUCUCAGCAAGAUCUCUUCAGGUUGAAUUUCAGCCUUCCCAAUAUUUUAUAUUCCCUUUCCCUCCUUUGUUUUUUUCUCCAUAGGAUGUAUCAUUAGCUAACAUCCUUUGUAUCUUACUUGUCUAUUAUAUGUCUCUUGCACUAGGAUGUAAAUUCCAUAAGACAGAGAUAUUUUUUUUUGUUACCAUAUUCCCAACACCCAAAGCUGGUGCUUGGCACAUAGUAGGUGCUCAGCAAUUAUUUAUUGAAUGAACAAAUACAUCAAAGUCUGUAAAAACUGAAUGAGAAGAUGGAAACAACCAUAUUAUAGGGCAAUUAAUGAGAGAAUGUCUGGUUGAGUUACAUUAUAAACUGUUAACUAUUGAAGUAAUUGUGUCCAUUUUAAUGGUAUUUGAUGUUUUAGGAAAAAUGGAUAUGAUUUGGAGGCUUAGAAAUAUAUGAACAUUUUUUCCAUUAAAGUGAAUGAAAUUUACAUUUUUUACUUAGAAGAAUUCACUCUAUGAGAGAUUUUUCAAGACUCUUUGUCAGGCAUGGAUAGACUAUGAUGAAAAAUUAAGGCCACUUAAGGGCCCCUGGUGGCUUAGUCAAUUAAGCAUCGGACUCUUGGUUUGGCUCAGGUCAUGAUCUCAUGGUUCAUGGGAUCAAGACCUAUGUCAGGCUGUGCCAACAGUGUGGAGCCUGCUUGGGAUACUCUCUCCCAUGCUCUACCCCGCCCCCACUUGCAUGAUCUCUCUCUCUCUCUCUCUCUCUCUGUCUCUCUCUGUCUCUCUCUCUCAAAAAUAAACAUUUAAAAAGAAUUAAAACCCAGACACCUGGGUGGCUCAGUCAGUUGAACAUCCAACUCUUGAUUUCAGCUCAGGUCAUGAUCUCACAGUUCAAGCCAUGCAUCUGGCUCUGUACUUACAGCCUGGAGUCUGCUUGGGAUUCUCUCUCUCUCCUCUCUCUCUCUCUGCUCCUCCCCCACUCCCAUGCUCACUUGUGUGCUCUCUCUCACUCUCUCUCUCUCUCAAAGUAAAUAAAUAAGCUUAAAAAAAUUAAAACCACCUAAAUAAGUAACGAUGGUAUACUGAUGCUGUGGAAUAAUAUGCAACAGUUAAAAAGAAUAAAAAGAAUAUGCCUUAGUCAUUUUGGACUAGUAUAACAAACACAGCAUAGACUGCCUAGCUUAAAGAACAAACAUUUAUUUCUCCAGUUCUGGAGGUUGGGCAGUCCAAGAUCAUGGUGCCAGCAGAUCCAGUGUCAUGGGAGAGCCCACUUCCUGGUUUGCAGAUGGCUGUCUUUUCAUUGUAUCCUCACAUGGCAGAGAGCAGAGAGAGAGCCAGGAAACAAGCUCUCUGCAUCUCUUCUUAUAAGGGCAUUGGUCCCAUUCAUGAGGGUUCCCCUCUUACCACCCAAAUACCUCCCAAAGGCCCCAUUUCCAAAACCCUGGGGAUUAGGCUUGAACAUAUGAAUUUUGGGGGACACAAACAUUCAGUCCAUAGCACAAUGGAAUAGACCUCUGUACUAACAGAUCUCCAAGAUGUAUUAUGCAGUGCAAAAAGAAAGUCACAGUAUGGCACUUGUAGAAAGUCUAUCGAAAAUAACACAUGCACCCACAUCCCUAAAGAAGAUCUAGAAAGAUACACGUAUAAUUACAACAAUGUUUGUGACCAGGGGUGGAAAGGGUUGUGAUAAGGUGGAGGAGAACCUCAGAAUUUUGUAUAGUGAUUAAAGGGGACUCCAGUGUUAUUUGUAAUAAUUAAAUAUUUUUAUAAUGAAAAUGUAUUAAUGGAUGACUUAUGUAACAACAUUUUUAAAAAUCAAAACAAGAAGCAAAAGAAAAUUGCUUCUGAUCAGGGAGAUAGGGGACAGGACCCUGCCAAUGACUUCAAGUAUAGAACACACAAAUUAUUUUUCAAUAGAAGAGCCAGAAAUGUGAGUGAAGGCAUCUACAUGCUUUGGAUUUCUUCAUCAUCAAUAUUCCUAUAAGGUUCUAAGACAAAUUUGAUGACCAUGCAAAUUUCUUUUUCCUUUCCUCAGAGAAGCCCAACCCAAAUGCGUAGUUUGUAAAGGCUGUGAUGAUGUAAACAGAAAAAUUUGUCAUUUCCAUCCCAUUGGAGAAGGACUCCAAAAACUUUCUCAGCCAGAUAGUCUCUGUAAUCUUCCUACUAAACCCAAACAGCUGUGAGAUACAUAAUGGCCAAAGAAGCAAUUUCAAAAACUUCUGGAGGGAAACACCACACAAAUGAACGAGUCUGUGGUUCAGAGUUAUUAGCUUGAUGCCCAAAUGCAUAUCAUAUUUGCAAGAGGCAGUUUACAAUCUGCUCUUCUUGACAAGUGUAGCACAAGGGGAUUUAAAUUCCUGCAUUUGCAAUUUCUGUCUCUCUCCAAAUUUAUGGCAAAAUUGUAGACACGAAUAAUGUGUCAGGGUUGAAUGAAUUGAGGUCUCUGCUCUCCUCCUACAGCUCCAUUUCAUUCAAAGGAGAGUAAUAAAUGGAAAGUAAAGCAAAGUCUCAGUAGAUAACGAAUCCGAGUCCUAAUGACCUUCCUGAACUACAAAAUGGAUUUGUAACUUAUUUGGCAUUGCCCAGACUAUUUGGUGCCUGUAGUGAGGUGUGAAAACAUUUGAGCCAUUUUGGGCCACAACUCUGCAUUUUAAGCAUUUCCUCAAUGAUUCAUGAAGGGUCAGAACUACCUUUCCCUGGCAAGGUAAAAAUCUAUCAAUGGUAAUGAAAGACUCAUUUCCAUCCUGCCCUGUACACUACCUUGAUGAGGUUGUGAUUGAUUAUUAAGGAGUCUUGAUCUGUUCUGCAGCCCCUGGGACCAUAGCAUGACCAUUUAUAUAAGAUAUGGGUGUUAUAAGUUAAUGCCUGCUAUGCCAUACCUCUCUUUCUUUUAAAACCACUUGGUCUUUGGCAAGGAUUAUAAAGACUCACAUUUACUCUAGCGAGGUCAUGUGCAGAAUAACAUGUUUGCUUGCUGAACAGUACCCAGUCUGUCACUUGACUGGUCAUCUCUAUCUGGAUUUGCUGCAAACACAGCAGUUGGUCAGUCAUUGCUAGGCCAUUGAUACCUAAUGAGAAUAAUAUAUGUCAAAUGGUCUGAAAUUAGUUGGCUGAAAAAAUGAAAGACUUGUUGAUUUUUAAAAGCAGGAAUAAAGUCCUCCAUGUUUUGCAUCCGAA